AUCUGUUUUGUAGUUAAUGGAGAGCAGAGUUCGACUUCAUAUUUGACUAUAUAUAUGUACAGUUCAUGUGAUUGCAAGGACCAACAGUCAUGUGUUGUACGAUGACAGACACAACAGCUCUGAUCUACAAGGUCCUCUGUGCCCAUAAUGGGUCCUUUGAGCUGGGAGAAUUGCGUGCAAACAUUAGCACCAUAGAAGAUGACCUGGAAAGUGUGUUAGGGAAUCAGGAGAUGUUUACCUGUGCUGUCUCUAAGGGAAAUAAACUGAUAGUUGCCAAGACGAAGAUGAGGUUAUGCAGAGCUAAAGGAUGUAGUGGCUGCAGCAAUUUACACCUGUGUAAGUUCUACUUGUAUGGAACAUGUCCAUCCAAUGAGAGACAAGGAUGCCGUCUCUGCCAUGAGCUGACGUCAGAGCACAACAUCAGAGUCCUGAAAGAGCACCACCUGGAGGAACUGGACAGGAAGGAGCUGUGUACAUUACUGCUGCAGAAUGACAACGCCCUUUUACCCCCAGUUUGCUUCACAUACAACAAAGGUAGUGGAGAGUACGGAUACUGUCCUGACAAGGAGAAAUGCAAAAGACUCCACGUCUGUCAGCGCUACAUUACAGGAACCUGUGCUGCAGAGGUGGACUGUGACAGGUCUCACGACUUCUACGAGCCCCACCCGCUCAACACCCUACAGCAGAAGGGAGUACCUAAUGAACUGGUGGCAUCCAUGUUGUACACCUACCGCAACAUCCAGGCAAUCAGGGAUACAAUUGAUGAUAGUGACAACCCACGUUGCAAAAAAGACUCUGGUAACCGCCUGCAGAAAUCCAAAGCUUUACCAAACCACUGGGAUAAAUCUUCAGUACCUGAAACUGGAUUCAAGAGGGUUGCUGUGCAGAGUUCCUCAGCUGAGCACAAGAAUGUUCUGGAUCUUUUCCAUCAAACUAUGACUGGCUUCAGUGUGACGACUAUUGAGAGGGUGCAAAAUCGGAUCCUGUGGGAGGUCUUUUCGUGGCAAGGAGAUGUGAUGAGAAAGAUAAACGCAGGGAAGGAGAAUGAGAGGCAGCUCUUCCAUGGAACAGACUCUAAACACGUGGACGCCAUAUGCCUGCAGAACAUAGACUGGAGGAUGGGUGGAACACAAGGAACGCCCUAUGGGCAAGGAAGCUACUUCUCUAAGGAUGCCAAGUUCUCCCACAGCUACACCAGCCAGUCAGAAGUCAGGUCCAUGUUUGUUUGUCGUGUGCUGGUGGGAAAUUACACGCAAGGACACUCCAGCUACCACUGCCCCCCCUCAAAAGAUGGAAGUCACACCAUCUCCUAUGACAGCUGUGUGGAUGAUAUCUACAACCCCUCUGUAUUUGUGGUGGUCGGGAAGCAUCAGGUUUACCCAGAGUACCUUAUUCAGUACAGGGAAGGGUCCAGGCCUGGGACCUAUGUUCCACCACCUAACUUUGUCCAGAACCAGAGCCACCACAACAUGCACUGGACAUCUAUUCCAGUCAUGCUACGCUCACCAGCCACCCCUGUGCUGCCCAACAAUGCAAGGUUCAGAUCUCCUUGCCCAACAGGACCUGCCUUUGCCCAGCCCACACUCAGUACCCAGCCACUAUUUUCACACUACUCAAACCCACCCAGGCCUCCCUCCAAUCCCUCUGUUUCAAACCCUUCAAGACAGAAAACUCCCAGACCUACCUUGCCACAUGCUUCUGCACAGUUUGGCUCCCUUAACUCCUUGACACAUCCAUCGUUUCAGCCAGGCCUGAUGACUUACGUCCCUCAUCCACCACCCUGGGUCGGCUCUAUGACCUCCAUUCCACGCGCACCUCCACCCAGGACAAGAUCACAGUUUGCUAAAAUGAAAGCAAAAAGUACAUCAAUGGCAUCACUAGAUAAUCUAUAAUCCUUGGUAGUCUAAUUUGAUUUAUUUAGAGGGAAAUUACCUUAUGUGUAAAUAAAUUGUAUUUAUGGAUUAAAUUUUGAAAUGUGUCCUUUUUAGCUCAGUUGGUAGAGCAUGGUGCUUGUAAUGCCAUUGUAGUGGGUUUGAUUCUCAGGACCACCCAUACGUAAAGGGAAUGCACGCAUGACUGUAAGUCACUUUGGAUAAAAGUGUCUGCUAAAUGGCAUUUAUUAUAUAAUGUGUAGUUCAGUGUUGACAAAAUAAUCCGAAUUGGGCUGCCUGUGUAAACGCAGUCAUAAUAGUUUCUGAAUGCACCACUGCAUAAAAUAAAACGUUCAUGUUUUUUCUA